AUGACUGAGAUAGAGAACCUUCAACGUAAAGUUGAAGACUGGGAAAUUUCCAACGAGUCCGAUACUGAUUCUGAUACCGAUUCUGAAUCUGAAUUUGAAGAAGAAAAUGAAGAUGAGAUGAGCAGUAGCUCAUCGAUGAGAAAAGAUCCAAAAUCAUCCACCUCCACAGCAGCUCCAAAGAUGGGGAGAACCAUCAGGGACAAAGAAGAGAUUGUGGCCAAGUAUGCGCAUAAGAUCAAAACUGAUGAUAUUAAGAAGGGACCUAAGAUCAACAAGGACAGAGCUAACCGAGCUACUGUGGAACAAGUAUUAGAUCCAAGAACGAUGAGAUUUCUUGCCAAGAUUAUCAAUAAGGGAGUUAUAUCAAGAAUUAAUGGGUGUAUCAGUACAGGUAAGGAAGCCAACGUAUAUCAUGGAGACCACGAAGACUUGGAGGUGAACUCGCGUGAAUACGCCGUGAAGAUUUAUAAGACAUCUAUUUUGGUUUUUAAAGAUAGAGAAAGGUAUGUUGAUGGGGAAUUUAGAUUUAGAAACACCAAGAAUCAAAGUAAUCCAAGAAAGAUGGUAAAAGUUUGGGCCGAAAAGGAAUUUCGUAACUUGAAGAGAUUAUAUAUAAAUGGGAUUCCAUGUCCUGAACCGGUAGAACUUCGUUCGCAUGUAUUGGUGAUGGAAUAUUUAACCAAGGGCGCUGGACAACCUUCACCUAAGUUAAGAGAUCAUCCUUUCAAAGAUGUGGAUGACAUUGUGUAUUACUACCACCAAAUGUUGUAUUACAUGCGUAGAAUGUACCAAGAAUGUCGUCUUGUUCAUGCCGAUUUGAGUGAAUAUAACUCGAUUGUGCAUAACGAGAAGCUUUAUAUUAUUGAUGUUUCCCAAUCCGUGGAACCAGAACAUCCAAUGGCUUUGGAUUUCUUAAGAAUGGACAUUAAAAAUGUGAAUGAUUUUUUUUCAAGAAAGAAGAUCAAUGUAUACCCAGAAAGACAUCUUUUCAAAUACAUCACCGAAGAAAAUAAGGCAUUAGAAUUAAUAGAUAACAGUGACGCUGAAUUAGCCAAGUAUUUGGAAAAGCUUCCAUUAAAGAGUGAUGUGGACAACGAAGAUGAAAUUGAGGAUGAAGUGUUUAGAUCACUUCAUUUAGUUAGAUCAUUAAAUCACUUGGAAGAGAGAGAUUUCCAAAAAUUUACCGAAGGGAAAGUUAACACAUUGAAAGAUUUGGUGGGGAAAGAAGGUCACACUAACGAAGAAAAUGAUCAAGUUAACAAUGAGGAUGAAGAAGAAGAAGAUGAAGACAGCGACGACGAGGAAUACGAUAGUGACGAGGAAGAGUACUCAUCAGAUGAAGAUUCUUCUUCGGAAAGCAAACCCAAAAAGGUCUGGAAGGAAAGAGAAACUAUUUUAAAGGGUAAGAAGCAUGAAGAUAAAGAAGAAAAGAAGGCUAGAAAGGAAGCAGCAAAGUCAGCAAAGCUGGAAAAGAGAAAAACUAAAAUGAAGAAGCAUGUCAAGAAGAAGCUUUUAGCAAAGAGGAAGACCGCAAAAUAG